AUGCGUGCCUCCGUUGUCUUCGCUACCCUCUCGGCUUUUGCCCUGACCUCCGGUGUCGUCGCCCAGGGCGGUCCCGCUGAGAGCGUCUCCUCUGCAUCUGCCUCUGACUCGGCCACUGCCACCGUCGAUGCCACUACCGAGAGCUACAGUAACCCGGCAACACAGUAUCUGACCGAGACCAACUCCCUUGGUGUGGUCACUGGUCAACCUUCCGUUAUCACCAGCCAGCCUUCCGUUGUUACUUCCCAGGAAGCUGCUGCCUCCAUCCCCGCUGGUCUGACCUCCCCAGUCGUUACCGCCGCAACUGGCAGCUUCACCAGCUCGGCCCGUACCAGCACCCCUCUCAGCACUUCUUCUGGCUCUGACUCCUCUUCCUCUGGUUCUUCUACCGGUACAUCGUCUGAUUCUUCCUCAACCAGCGGCUCUCAGAGCGCCGGUUCCUCCUCCACCUCUUCUGCUGGUGGCUCCGUUGCCACUGCUGGCCUCGGUCUCGCUGCUGGUGCCGCUAUCCUUGCUUUCCUAUAA